AUGAUUUGGAAAGCUUAUGAAGGUCAAGAAUUGACCAGUUGUACAUCUUCCGAUGAUAACAUUUUGCAAAUAUUCCUCUCGAAUUCAAAUAGAGCAGAAGUGAUCGUUGAUGUUCGUGAUCUGAUAGAAAGCACGCAUAUUGCUGUUGAUCAUCCGCCUGAUAAGCACAGCUUUUUUAGCAUAGACGAGCAAGAGUCAGCAAUCAAUUCAUUCGAACCAUGA